GCAAUUCGAAGAGAAGCAUAACAAUUGUGUAUCCGCCCGACGUUUCACUCGGGAGCCGCCGCUGCCUCCAGGGCUCCAAGCCUGGAGUUGGUGCACAUUAAGGGGCAGGAGAUUGCAGCCUUCACUUGAUCCGCCCUGUUUUUGACUGAUGCAAUCAACCGGGCGUGCACAAUCAAAUACGACUUUAGGCUGUGUACGCCAUAUACAAGAAGAAGAAGAGCAGACGUGACUGUGACCGGGACACCGCGAGGAUGCGACCCUCUGUCUGCAAGGCCGUGGGUCUGCUGUGGCUGCUGACAGGUCUCCAUACUGCUACAGCGCUGUGCAGAGCAGGAACGGCAGCCACAGAGUCCACCAUCCUCGUGGGUGGGUCGGUGAGGUUUCCCCUCCGAAAUGACAGCCAGGGGAUGUUUGAGGUGGUGAUGGGACGACUCCAUCCCUAUAUUGGAAUCCUGGCCUGGAAGUCUAACAGCCCGGAGUCUCCACACUGGGUCAACCAGUCCUACAGGGACAGGGUCAGCUUCCAACGGGACGCCUUCAUCGAGCUGCGGGCCGUGGGGCCGGGUGACCAGGGGACAUACGAGAUACAGACAAUAUACUUUGGGAGAGAGCUGUACAACGUGGACAACUUUGAGCUGCGUGUGGUUGAGCCGAUGUCCACACCGACCGUGGAGGUCAGCUGCAACUUGUCGCAUCUCACGCUGAACUGCUCCACCGUCAGCGGCUGCCCCGUCACCUACCGGUGGGAGCGGCGAUCGCAGGAUCCCGGCGUGGGGAACACCACCUUCCCCGGAGCUGUGCUGUACCUGCUGGACCCGGGGCAGCUCAACUACACCUACACCUGUGUCACAGAAGAUUGCUGUAGUAGAUACACAGUCAAUGCAACCCUGCACUGUGACAUCCUGCCCGGAGAACCAUGGAGUGGUUGGCAGAUCGCUGUCGCUGUGCUUAUUGGUGGCGGACUGAUUCUUAUUAUCCUCGCUGUCUGCCUGCGUCUCUGGCGUGGUGUAUACAUGCAGAAUGCGCUGGACCAUCCCGUGAAUUUCUCCACCGUCAAAUCCUCAGCUCAUAGUCAUAGUGAGUUGAACUCCAACUCUGUGGAGAAACAGGAGAAAACUUUCCUCCAGUCUAAGGGAAUUGAAGAGGGCGACAACAUGGGGCAUGUCACCGUCUACUUUGGGGAAACAAAACUGAAUGGAAGACCUGAAGAGUCUAGAGUGCUGGUCAUCAGAGAUAUGGAGGAAUUGGACAAAUGUCGGUGAGAACAAAAGAACAACACAAGAUAAUGGGAAAACGAGGGACUAAAUAAAUACACCAUACUACCAUGGCAAGUUGUGGAAGAAGUCGUUUAUCUCAGACGUGAAAUAAUGAUGAACCACCAACAACAAGGUUGACAGAAUAUAUUCAACUGGGUUUGAAAACUUUUCAACAGCCUGUGCUGCACUUUUCCAUGUUCUAUAAGGAUCUUGUUGUAAACUUUGCCAAAGUUUAUGUUUACAACAUCUAUCCAAAUCCCCAUUGACAAAUCCCCACCUAUUUUCUAUGUUUCUAUGUUUACGCAUGUUUUUGUGCAGCUUGUGAUGACAUUGUAACAUACACUUUAUACAUAUUAAAUCAGAUUUGAUUUAACACCUGCUGCCUGACAUGUAAGCCUCUGCCUGGUGUAACGAAGGCCACUGGUGUUGGCUCAUUGUUGUAUGUGUACAGGGAUCCAGUGACAAACUCCAGUCUCUGUGUUAUCCAGUGUUAACUAAGACAAUACUGAACCAGAUAGGGUUGAAUUGUCGAUAGACACAAAGUGCUGGAGUUACUCAGUGGGACAGGCAGCAUCUCUGGAGAGAAGGAAUGGGUGACGUUUCAGGUCGAGACAAUUCUUCUGGAGGUUGAAUUGUAUUUAGUUGACAAUUGUAUUGGAGAGAGAGAGAUAACUCCAGCCUAACGCCAGUGAGUUGCCCUGUUUUCUCCGUAACCUAUACAAAUUCUUAAGAGAUCAGGCAGGCUAGAUGCAGGAAACAUGUUCCUGAUGUUGGGGGAGUCCAGAACCAGGGGUCACACAGUUUAAGAAUAUAUCGAGUCCUAUCAUAUCUAAUUUUCUCUUCCAACCUUCUAGUACUGAUCAAGCCUUUCUGUUAUGGAAGAGGAAGGGAUUAGUAGCUUUUCAUGAUUUGUUUUUGGAGGGUUGUUUGAUGUCUUUCUAACAACUCUCCAAUAAAUAUAAUUUAACUAAUUCACACUUUUUUAGAUAUUUACAAAUGAGACAUUUUUUGAAGGCUACUCUACCCUUUUAUCCGCUACCACAUCAAACCGAAA